AUGGAUAUGAAUGGAGAAAACUACGUGCUUACCGUCGACAUCGGCACCACCACCAUCCGCUCAGUACUCUACGAUUCCAGUUGCACAGAACGAGGCAGUUAUCAAGAAAAGGUCAACACUAUCUACUCAACGGGAAACGAUGAUGAGGUGCUGGUCGAAAUUGAUCCCGAGCACAUGUUUCGGCAAUUCGUGCGAGUUAUCGAGAAAGUUUACAAAACCCUCCCACCAAAUGCACAUGUCAAUAUUGGCCUUUGCACUCAACGGAAUUCGAUUGUCCUUUGGAACAAAAAAACUAAAAAAGAAGAGACACGGAUUAUUUGCUGGAACGACAAAAGAGCCAACAAGACAUGUCACCAGCUGAAUAAUUCGGUGAUCCUAAAAGUUCUUAAUAUCGUAGGCGGAUUCUUACACAUGGUGACAAGAAAGAACCGUUUCCUUGCUGCUCAACGACUGAAAUUCCUUGGAGCCAUGGUAUCACACAGACUUAUUGUCACUAUCAACAGAUCAGAGAAGCUGAGAAGAAUGAAGGCCGAUGGAGAUCUUUGCUUUGGAUCCCUCGAGACAUGGCUACUAAUGAGAUCCUCAAAGAGUAAUGAGCUGUGUGUGGAAGCUUCCAAUGUUUCACCAUCUGGAAUGUUUGAUCCGUGGAUUGGAGCCUACAAUGUUUUGAUUAUGAAAAUUAUUGGAUUCCCAACCGAUAUGCUUUCCCGGAUAGUGGAUUCAAAUCUCAGUGACAUGGAAAAACUCCCCAUUCUUGAUCGUACACAUGUUGGAAGUGAACUUUCGAUCUCAUCGAUUAUUGCCGAUCAACAAGCCGCCAUGUUUGGUUGUGGAACUUGGGAACGGGGAGAUGUCAAGAUCACAUUGGGUACUGGAACAUUUGUCAACGUUCAUACUGGAACGAUUCCGUACGCUUCCAUGUCUGGUCUUUACCCGAUCGUUGGAUGGAGAAUCAACGGUCAAACUGAUUUUGUUGCCGAAGGGAACGCACACGACACAGCUGUAAUUCUACAUUGGGCACAGUCGAUCGGUCUUUUCGAUGAUGUGACCGAGACUUCAGAUAUCGCAGAAUCAGUGGAAAACGCCAAUGGAGUAGUGUUUGUUCCAGCGUUCUGUGGUAUUCAAACCCCAGUGAAUGAUGAGACAGCAUGCUCAGGAUUUUUAUGCAUUCGACCAGAUACCUCUAAAGUUCAUAUGGUUCGAGCUGUCUUGGAAUCUAUUGCCUUCCGUGUUUAUCAGAUCUACACAGCUGCUGAAAAAGAAGUCUACAUCAACAAAAACUCUCCUGUCAGAAUUUGCGGUGGUGUCUCUAACAACAACUUCAUUUGCCAGUGCAUUGCCAAUCUUCUAGGUCGUCCGAUUGAGAGAAUGGCUGACUCGGAUCACGUCGCUGCUCGUGGAACUGCAAUGCUUGCUGGAUAUUCACAAGGUCUCUGGACAAAACAAGAUUUGAAAAAACUUGUCAAAAUUGAACGAACCUUCACACCCAACUUGGAAUCUCGAAAAGGUCUUCUGAAGAGUUUUGAGACUUGGAGAAAAGCUGUGGACCGUUGCCUUGGCUUUUAUCAAUAA